CCGCCACACCACCCCCGCCACACAGCCGCCCUAUUUGAUCCCUCCCCUAGAAUCACCAGGCACGGACCCUCAUCGCCCCGUUCACGCGCACUGCAUUCAUCCAUCUCGACGCGCCUCUCACUCUUCAAUCUACCCACCACAAUGUCGCACAACUACAACGCGUCCUAUCGUGACCCCUACGCCGAGCAGGGCGCAGAGUACCUCGACGACCGCGGGAACCCGACCGCGGGCCCGCACGACCGCGACGGCGAGUACUACCCGCAGUACAACACGUAUGGGGCCGAGAAGACGACGCCGGCCGACGUGGACGGCAAUGUCGGCGGCACGGAGCGUCUGCAGCCGGGUCGUGCGCAUCUCGGUCAGCCCCCCAUCAGCAGCUUUGAGGCCAUGGGCCCGCCGCCGCGCAGCACGGGCAUCCUCCGCAUGUGGCGCAAGGACGAGCGCGGCAAGCAGUGGACUCGGGGUGGCGGUGCUCGGAGUACGGGGCGUCUCGUCGUCUGCUGCUUGACGAUCACCAUUCUGAUCAUUAUCUCUGUUAUUCUCACGAUCCUUAUGUUUGUCAGACCACCUAGCAUCACGUUGAACGAAACCAAUGUCGAUGCCACGACUGCCCAAUUUAACCUGGACGAGAAGAAGAUCAACCUCGACAUCAAGCUGCUUAUCAGUGUGCGGAACCCGAACUGGUUCGGGGCGAGCUUUAAGAGAAUCGAGGCUACUAUCAAGUAUCCCGGCCUGGACAGCCAGUUUGGCGGAGGAUCUAUCGGCAAGACGGACUUUGGCGCCUACACCGAGUCGACGUUCGAGUUCCCGCUCUCGCUCAAUUACACGGCCGCGGCGGACCCUAACGGUGUCAUGAUCAACGACUUGACGCGCAAGUGCGGUCUGCAGGGUAACCAGGCUGCAGGCAAGAUUACGAUUGACUACAACCUAAAGCUGUGGCUCAUAAUCUUGUCGGCAACAAUCGCGCCCACGAUCUCGGGCAGUACAUCCUUCGAUUGUCCGUCUGCGAACUAACUAGUAGACGAGAAGAGGGGUGGGAGGGGGGAGGAUGGAGAGGCAUUGUGUAUGAUUACCGCCUGUGAUUGAUGCCGGCAUCAGGAUACCCGUAGAGAUGCAGCUGGACUUUUGUGCGCGUAGGGAGAG